GUAAAUAUAUUGAAGUAAGUCAAACUAAUUUACCUCUUCAACAGAAAACUGUCUUUCCAGUUUCAUGAAAAUUGAAACUGAUAACAAGAAAACUAGUCUGUCUCUUCUCCCACCAUCGUCUUCCUCUCUAUUUUCAGAAUUUCAGGUAGACUCAAGGUUGUAACAGCAGACUCAUCACACCCCCUCCACCUUGAUCUACUUAAAAGAUAUAACAAUGGCGGAUUGGGGACAUUCCUCAACAACAGAACACCUCUUACCAACAACCCUAGGAGAGUCGAAAGCCUCUCCUAGGCCUUCAGUACUUGCACAUAUCACAACAAGCACAGAAUAUUCCUCAAUGACAAGCCCACAUUCAACAAGAGCCGACACCAGCAAGGCCUCAAUGUUUUCAAUCUUCUUCUCCAAGAGAAAUUCCAUGGUUUGUACUUAUGCAUUCACAAUUGUCUUCAUUACAUGUACCAUCCUCUUGGUUUUCAACCCUUCUCGCCCUUCGGUUCCUUUUGGCUUCAAAAAUCUUCUUCUUUAUACCUCUCCUCAGACCCCAAACCCUCAUUGGAAACACGAUUCUUUACCACAGUUUGAUGAGAUUGGAAGUUUGAAAGAGAAUGUGGGGAUUGAUCAGAAGGGAUUUCAGAUUGGUCUUAAUCAAUCUUCUGGGGGAAAUGGAGGAACCAAGAAAAAUGUAGAGACUGAAAGGGAUGAUCAUGUUGGUGCUCCUCAACCAUCAUACACUACCAAGAAAAAUGUAGAGACUGAAAGGGAUGAUCAUAUUGGUGCUCCUCAACCAUCAAACACUACCAUGGAAAAUGUAGAGAUUAAAAGGGAUGAUCAUAUUGGUACUUCUCAAUCAUCAAACACUACCAUUCCUUCCAUGUUCAAAGACUCCAAUAACACAGGAACCGAAGUUUCUGAGAAAGUUGAGAGUUCUGAGAGAAGAAAUGAGACCAAGAAUGCUGUAAGCUCUCAUUCUUCUUCUAAUGGAGAAAAUGGUUUGAAGGAGAAAGGGAGUGAUAGUAAAAAGGCACCGUCAAACAAGAAACAAACUGGGUUGAAGUUGAAGAAUGAAUGUGACCUAUUUGAUGGAAGGUGGGUGAGAGAUAAUUCUUACCCACUUUAUGCUCCAGGAACUUGUCCUUAUAUAGAUGAGCCUUUCGAUUGUUUCCACAACGGUAGGCCUGAUAAUGGUUACGAGAAGUACAGAUGGCAACCGAAAUAUUGCAAUGUCCCAAGGUUGGAUGGUAAGAAGAUGUUGAGAUUGUUGGCAGGAAAGCGUCUAGUUUUUGUUGGCGAUUCUCUCAAUAGGAAUAUGUGGGAGUCUUUGCUUUGUGUUCUUAGAAAUUCAGUGGAAGAUAAGAACAAAGUUUAUGAAGUCUCGGGCAGGCAAGAGUUCCGUACAGAGGACUCUUUCUCUUUCAUAUUCCAGGAUUAUAAUUGUUCAGUAGAGUUCUUUCAAUCACAAUUUAUAGUUCAAGAAUGGGAGGGGAAAGACAAAAAUGGAUCCAAAAAGGAAACCCUUCGCCUUGAUUUAAUGGAGAGUUCCGCGGAUAAAUACAAAGAUGCAGAUAUUCUCAUCUUCAACACAGGUCAUUGGUGGACUCAUGAGAAAACUUCCAACGGGUUGGGUUACUAUCAAGAAGGUAGUCAUGUCUAUGAUGAGUUGAAUGGCGAAGAGGCAUAUCGGAGGGCUUUAACAACAUGGGGAAGAUGGGUGGAUACCAAAGUAGAUCCUAAGAAAACUGCUGUUUUCUUCCGCGGCUAUUCACCUUCUCACUUUAGAGGUGGAGCAUGGAACUCUGGAGGGCAAUGCCAUGGCGAGACAAAGCCAACUACAGAAACUGAAUACGGAGGAGAAUAUUAUCCAUCACAAGUGAAGAUCUUGGACUCGGUGAUGAAGAAGAUGAUGACUCCAAUCUUCUAUCUGAACAUCACAGCAAUGACUGAUUUCCGGAAGGAUGCUCAUCCAUCGGUUUACAGAAUGCCCAAUUUAACUGCAGAGGAAAGAAAAGAGACUUCGAUCCAGGAUUGCAGCCACUGGUGCCUACCUGGUGUGCCUGAAACAUGGAACGAGCUUGUAUAUGCUCAACUCCUUAGACGCAACAUGAAGCAACAGAAGAAGAAGCAACAUAAACAGAAGCGUCAACAACAAAACUAGAGGACUCCCUUUUGAAACAUGGAGAAAAUACUCUGCUGUAUUCUUUAUUGGAAGUUUUGCUCAUCAAAAUAGAGAAGAUCCAACAAAACUCUUGAUUUGAUAGAUAUAGUACAUUGUACAGAUGUAUGUUAAGGGUAGUUUGUAUGUUUUUUCGUAUAUCAUGAUAAAUGAUACAGAUAGAGUUGCUCAAACUUCUAUUCUUCAAUUGGUUCACUGAGGUGAAGGUCUAGCCAUUUUUAAUGUUUGUCCUGUAAUACAAAAUUUUAUUA